AUGGCCUCCAACGUCGCGAGGUCCGGCAUCACCACCGAUGCCCAAACCGGCGAACGAUACAUUCCCUCCUCGGUCCGUGCCGAUGGUUCAAAGCGCAAGGAGAUCCGCGUGCGCCCCGGCUAUAAACCCCCCGAGGAUGUCGAACUUUACAAGAACCGGGCAGCGGCGGCAUGGAAAACUCGAGGAAAAGGCGGGGUGCCGGGUGCGGAAGGAUUGAGCAGCGAAGAAGACAAGACCAAGGCCGCAGUGAAACCAACCACCACCACCUCCACUGUCGCCAGCAACAAGAACGCCAAACGCCGCGAAGCCAAGCGGAACGCGAAAGAAACCGACGAAGCCGGUCCCACCGCUGAGGGCAAGGGCGCCGAGUCAAACAACUGGCGUGUCCCCGCAGCCACGGCCGCACCUAAGGAAGAGAAGCCUGCUGAAGAACCGCUUGAUCUCGAAGCCGAGAAGGAGAAGAAAGCCCGCAGUCUGAAGAAGAAACUCCGCCAGGCGCGGGAUCUUCGCGAUAAGAAGCAGCAGGGAGAGGCCCUGCUGCCCGAGCAGCUGGAGAAGGUGAUCAAAAUUCAGGAACUUGUCCGGCAGCUGGAUAUGUUGGGGUUUGAUUCCAAUGGCGAUAGGAAAGAUGGGGACAGCAAUGUGAAUCCUUGA